CUUGCUCAGCGCCUGACUCAGACAAGACGGGUAGCGACGCGAUGGCGGCACAGCAGGUUGAACUGGCAUACGAAGAUCAUCCAUCGUUUACUUGCCAUUGUUCAGCCGUCAUCGCUCUUCAAGAUGAGCUGGUUAGUAAGGCCUUCUCCGGACGCGACGGGCGGGGAUACUUGGUAUACUCGACCAGCAACCUCCGAAUGGGGAAAAAGGAGGAUAGGAGGUUGAUGACCGGGGUGCACACCGUUGCAGAUGUCUAUUGUAUAGGCUGCAACGCACGCAUGGGAUGGUAUUAUGUGAAGGCGGCAGAAUUAUCGCAGAAGUACAAAGAGGGGAAAUAUCUUCUAGAACGCGAGAAGCUUAUCAAGGAAAACGGCUGGAAACUCAAUAUUUAGUCCACGAUAAUACACACAUUUGCCUCAUAUGGAUGGUAUGGAUAUCGCCUGGGAGCGCGGAGACUUGGCUUCAGGGCUCCACGAAGAUGUUCGUAUAGGUAUAGGAUGCAAAGACGCAUUGCGCUGGAGACGCGUUUUCUCCCAAGGC